AUGCCCGAAGAGUUCUAUGAUGAAGAUGGGUAUCGGUUGUCGUUUGAACAUGAUACGGAAGCCGAGGAGAAGGAGUACUUUAUGCGCGCCUUUCCGAACGUUUCUAAAAUAUCGGAACGUAAGAUCCACUGCACAUCCUGUAACACUCAUAUCGGAACGGCACCCGUAUCGGAAGCGAUCGUACGGAUGCAUCCGGUGUUGCGCGUGACCCAUUGCCGAAGUUGUCACGCCUUCUACAACAGCGGCGAGUUUGAUAAAGGCGAGGAUGGCAGCGAGCUUUACUGCCGUUGGUGUGGCCAGGGCGGCGAGGUGUACUGCUGCUCGAAGUGUCCCUAUGUCUUCUGCAAAAGCUGCAUCGUGCGUAAUCUGUCCCGGGCAUGCGUGCAGGACAUCGUGCGCAACGAGAAUUGGCACUGCUUCGGUUGCGCCCCGCGGAUAAUGUGGCACUUACGUGCGCAGCACUGGGCGCUGGAGAAUUUUAUCGAAAAGCAAAAAAAAACGAUUAAAAACCAAGAGCUUUCCGCCCAUACCAUCAGUGCGUUGAUGAAGCAGGAUAACACGUCGUGCUGCCCGGGAAAAGGGCUAAAUCGUUUAAAGGGUAGUAGCACACCUGGGACGAGCCAAUCGGUGCAGAGAAGGCAAACCAUUAAGCGCACCUACGGUGCAACGAGUACGUCAAAGCGAGAUUCUGCAGAAAGCUCUACCGCACUCAAUCCUGUUGUCAGCAUUCCUCCUUUGACGCAUUCAAUUUUGGGUGAUAUGGGUAUUGAAGAUACCGUGAAAGUAACCCAGCCAAAAACGCCUUUGCCAUCAUCGAGUGCCUCGUCAUCCUCGACAUCAAUGGCAUCGCCGACGACAAAAGCUACCGUAUCGCCGGCGAAAAAAGUUAUCACAUCGCCUUCAAAAAUUCAAAUUGCACAGAAAAAAGCUCCAAAAGCUAUCCCAAACGAAUUCCACGGUCAAGCAGAAAAGCGACCAUCGUCGACACAGCUGAGCUCUGACCAUGUAAAGAAAAAACGCACUGGAAACAAUGAGGUGGUUUGCACACCGGACAUAUUGAGCAUGUUUAAUCCAGGCGAAGAUGGAUCAGCUGUUGCGCCGGAUGCUUCGACACGGCCACAUGCAGUUAGUAAGAACAUUCCAAUUUUACCGAAAGCGUCGGCGUCACGUCCACCGGUAACGCUGCCAGCAAGUGCUGCGGCAGCAUCUUCGAGCGGUAGCAGCAAACAUAUCGCACCGAAACCUAAAGCUAUACUGCAUCAAUCGAUACCACGGAACUUGACUGUUCGGGUAACGACAAAUGGGGCUGCUGCUACACCAGCCGUAGAUCCCUCGCAACCAGAACCAGAGCUAGUGCAACACACGGUUCGGGUAUCAUCCAACUUGUCAACCCGGCAGACGAGUAGUGUGACUCCUCCCGUUUACCACACGAUAGGUGGCUAUCGGAUAGAUCUGCAUACAGCCUCGCAACAGGGAACCUAUCGGCUUCCGAACGGAAAGCUGAUACAGGUGCGCAAACAAACGUCAGAUAACGCGAACCCUUCGAACCCAGCUUCGUCGUCGAUACCUGUAACCGUUACAGCUGAAUUGCCGUCGGAGCAGCACCAGCAUCAGUUACAGCAGCAACAACAGCAAUUGCAACAGCAUCAACAAUUUCAACAACAGUUUCAGCAACAGUUACAACAACAGCAGCAAUUGCAACAACAGCAGCAGUUGCAGCAGCAACAGCAGCAACAACAACAGCAGGAGCAGUUGCUGCAGCAACAACAGCAGCAGCAGUUGCAGCAGCAACAACAACAGCAGCAACAACAACAAAUGCAGCAUCAAUCUCAGCAACAACAUUUGCAACAACAGCAGCAGCAAAUGCAGCAGUACCAGCAGCACCAGCAGCAGCAGCAACCACUGCAUCCGGGUGCGUUCCAAAUGCCGCCCGUGCCCGGUGGAAUGAUGUACGCCGGAAACUCCGGCCAAGGUGUCAUAAUGCAAGGUCAUCCUCAAAUGCAACCGCAGUCCUCCGGUCAGCAACCGAUACUGCAAAUGCUGCGCGGGCUGGUUAAUGGACCGCACGAGGACACACCGCUGGGAAGCUCGCGCAAGGAUUUCGAGGCCAAACUGCUGGCCGGUGUGGAAAUUUGUCACCACAUGAUAGGCAAGAUUUACACGCUCACAAACUCGAACUCGUUUAAAAACAUUCGCAAUCUACGCGAUCUUAAGGAACUGUUCAUACAUCUGUCCUAUCUCAUGACAUAUGGUAUCGGACGGUUCAAGACACUGCAGGAACGCUGCGUGGAUGAUGUGAAAAAGAUGGGCUUUACAAAGGAAUCUGACUUUGUCAUGAUGGGGGAGAUGAUCAACAAUCGCAAUCCGGAAGAUGACAACAGCGAAGAUGAUGACGAUUGCGAGAUCAUCGAACAAAACACAACGGUCAUCGAAGUCGACUCGGACGAAGAAAAUGCAGCCAUCAGAGAGCGGGGAACCGAGGGCGAUCAAGCCAAGGAAUCAAGCAAGGCUACAAAACAACUCGAUGUCUCCGGCUCGUUUACUGUGGGGCAGAUUAACGUUAGCUGGAAUGUAAAUUCUAAUAGUGCAGAACCUGCCGCUUCUGAUGCUCCCAUCACUUGCAAUAACGUACAAUCCUCCACUGCCACCAGCAUUGAUGCAUCUUUGAACGAGGAGUCGAACCAAAAUGGAUCCACUCAAAACGAAGAUACGACUGCUGCUAAUACACCUUCUGCUCAAAUUACCAACAAUUCUCAGAAAAAAACGACCGCUUCAGCGCCGAACGAAAUAGGACAUGACGACACCACGGAACAUCCAUCUGACGAAUUAUCUGCAAGUUCAAACGAAAUUAUAGAAAUGAUCGAAGUUCCAGACGGUGAUGUUUCGCCUGUAGAUAACAAUGAAUUUGAAUUGCAAGUGGAAAAUUUAUUAUCGAGCACGCAAACAACAGCUGAAAGCUCACGAGCUGGAGUUCUCAAUGAAACGGACAAAGAAGACAUGGAACUGAUCGAAAUAUCAGCCAAGGAGGUGUCGGAUUUGCUGGACAUUCAUACGGGAAGCAGUAGUGCUUUGAUGGCGAAUUCAACUGAUCCAAAGAAAGCAGUAAACAGGGAGGAUUCCGAUAUAAAUAAGCAACUAGAUCGGGAUGUCCGAAAAUCUUCCUCCACCGACAAUGCUAAACAUUCCGAAACGGAUCGUGAAACAGUUGUAGAUAAAUCUACAUCAAAAACAAGUUUGGACGUAACAGAAAAUAUAGAAUCGGUAGAUGAUUAUGAUGAAGAUAGAGAACUUCAGAACGUGCUAAACAAUUCCUCGCUGCAGGAAGAGAUGGAGCAUUCGUCAAAGGGCAGUAGCAGUGAAAUUUUAAAUUUAAUGGAUGCUGCUGAUGAUAGCUAUCAUAGCGACAGUUCCGACAUGCAGUACGCCGAUGCGGACGAAAUUGUGGGUGCUUCCCGAUACGCUAAAAAUGAUCCUAGUUUCUCCGGAGUGCUGAGGGCAGACGCUGACCAAAUGUCAGUUGAUGAACACACUGCCUAUGAUUCUUCGACUGAACAGCAGCAGGAUUUAAAUCGAGACGAUAGUGAGGUGGUAAAUGACUCGCAAAAGCAACUAAGCCCUCCUGCGGAAGGUUCCACUGAUACUUCUGCUAAAAGCAAUAAGCAGUCAAAUGAUGAAAAUGAAUCCAAUUAUAUGUAA